CGCGGAGUACGGAGUGUUAAAGCGAAGUUCAAACAGGACAGCCAUCGAGGUGCUGGGCUGCAGGCCGCCUUGGACAUCUAACUCCAUUAUGAACUCAACCGUGUGCUGCUGCCCCGUUGCUCCUGCAAGUUUGAGAGGGCGGCGGGCCCUGUGACCACACCGCCGCCGAUGGCGCGCCAGGCCUGACCAGGAAGUCUCGCGAGAUCAGGAAUCAGCGCGCAGCCGCCCCGGCCGCCCGGAGCCUUAGCGUUAGCUGGAGGAGCGCCGUGCGAGGGACGGGACCGCGGCGCCGCCGGCAGAGCAGUCUUCGGGACUCGAUCGCCCAGCGGACGCGCCGUUCUCCCCCGCAGGGCCUCUGUGGUGAAAGCAUAGCAGAGGUGACGCCCAGAGUUCUCCGUACUCUUCAGGGAUGAGUCAUGUGGCGGAGGAAGAUGAGCUCGGGCUGGACCAGCAGUUGGCUGGCCUAGACCUGAACUCUCCCGACAGCCAGAGCGGAGGGAGCGCCGCCAGCAAAGGGCGCUACAUCCCUCCUCACCUCCGCAACCGGGAAGCCAGCAAAGCCUCCUACGACAAAGACGGCACACGGUGGAGUAAAGACAAGGAUGCCUACAGCAGCUUCGGCUCCCGCAGUGACACGAGAGCCAAGUCGAGUUUCUUCGGGGACCGUGGAAGUGGGUCACGGGGAAGGUUUGAUGACCGCGGGCGCAGUGACUAUGAGGGCGUUGGCAGCCGUGGAGGAGGCCGAAGCGGCUUUGGCAAAUUUGAACGGGGUGGGAACAGUCGCUGGUGUGACAAGGCGGACGAAGACGACUGGUCUAAACCGCUCCCACCAAGCGAACGCUUGGAACAGGAACUCUUUUCUGGAGGCAAUACUGGGAUUAACUUUGAGAAGUACGAUGACAUUCCGGUUGAGGCGACAGGGAACAACUGCCCUCCACAUAUUGAAAGUUUCAGUGAUGUUGAGAUGGGAGAGAUUAUUAUGGGAAACAUUGAGCUUACUCGUUAUACACGCCCAACUCCAGUGCAAAAGCAUGCUAUUCCUAUUAUCAAGGAGAAAAGAGACUUGAUGGCUUGUGCCCAAACAGGGUCUGGAAAAACGGCAGCUUUUCUCUUACCCAUCUUGAGUCAGAUCUAUACAGAUGGUCCAGGUGAGGCUUUGAGGGCCGUGAAGGAGAAUGGAAAGUAUGGGCGUCGCAAACAGUACCCAAUCUCCUUGGUCCUGGCUCCAACCAGGGAAUUGGCAGUGCAGAUCUAUGAGGAGGCCAGGAAGUUCUCUUACCGCUCUCGAGUUCGUCCUUGCGUGGUGUAUGGCGGUGCUGAUAUUGGGCAGCAGAUUCGAGACUUGGAACGUGGAUGUCAUUUGUUAGUAGCCACUCCAGGACGGCUAGUGGAUAUGAUGGAGAGAGGAAAGAUCGGGCUAGACUUCUGCAAAUACUUGGUGUUAGAUGAAGCGGAUCGGAUGUUGGACAUGGGCUUUGAGCCUCAGAUUCGAAGAAUAGUUGAGCAAGACACCAUGCCUCCAAAAGGUGUCCGCCAUACUAUGAUGUUUAGUGCUACCUUUCCUAAGGAAAUACAGAUGCUGGCUCGUGAUUUCUUGGAUGAAUAUAUCUUUCUGGCUGUAGGAAGAGUCGGGUCUACUUCUGAGAACAUCACACAGAAAGUCGUGUGGGUGGAAGAAGCAGACAAGCGGUCAUUUCUGCUUGACCUCCUGAAUGCAACAGGAAAGGAUUCCCUAAUAUUGGUGUUUGUGGAGACCAAAAAGGGUGCAGAUUCUCUGGAGGAUUUCUUAUACCAUGAAGGAUAUGCUUGUACCAGUAUCCAUGGAGACCGAUCUCAGCGAGAUAGGGAAGAGGCCCUUCACCAAUUCCGAUCAGGCAAAAGUCCAAUUCUCGUGGCUACUGCAGUAGCUGCAAGAGGACUGGAUAUUUCCAAUGUGAAACACGUCAUCAAUUUUGACUUGCCCAGUGACAUCGAAGAAUAUGUGCAUCGCAUUGGCCGUACAGGUCGUGUUGGAAACCUUGGCCUUGCCACCUCAUUCUUCAAUGAGAGGAACAUAAAUAUUACCAAAGAUUUAUUGGAUCUUCUUGUUGAAGCAAAGCAGGAAGUGCCAUCUUGGCUAGAAAACAUGGCUUUUGAACACCAUUACAAGGGUGGCAGUCGUGGACGGUCCAAGAGCAGAUUUAGUGGAGGAUUUGGUGCCAGAGACUAUCGACAAAGUAGCGGUGCCAGCGGUUCCAGCUUCAGCAGCAGCCGUGCCAGCAACAGUCGCAGUGGUGCAGGCAGCCACGGCAGCAGUAGAGGGUUUGGUGGGGGUAGCUAUGGAGGCUUUUACAACAGUGAUGGAUAUGGAGGAAAUUAUAGCUCCCAGGGGGUUGACUGGUGGGGUAAUUGAACCUGCUUUGCCAUAGGUCACUCUACCAAAAAAUAUAGAAACCACAUGUAACUUAGGCAGACUAUACCUUGUAUAGUUUCAAGAACUCACAGCACAUUGCCUCCUGUGACUCCCCACUGAAUAUUUUUUAAGGGAGCUAAAAGUCACAAGCAAAGAUGAAAGGAACAAUCCAGAAGCCCCAUUCAGAAGGUGGUUUGAAGACUUGAUUGUUGUAGUUUGGAUUAACUCUCCUCUUACCCUCAUCCUACCCUGCAUUUAUAACUUCAUGACUAAAGCUCAUUUGUUUGUUAAUGUACUGUACCUUUAACUUUAGACAACUUGUAAUCUGAUGUCCCGUUGGCUCAGUAAUGCUUAAGAUAUCAAAUUGUUUUAACAAAAUAAAUUUUCUGAACUUGGGCUAAGAAAACAAAAGAAAGGGACAGGUAUUUGUUAUGGGAAUGGGACUGUCCUUUGCAGUGCUCAUUAGGUACUCUAAGGAAGGCAGGGAUGUGGCCCAGGAUGAAGGAUGGCAUUUUGGAAAUGUGUAAAUUACAGCCCAGGGGUUCAAGAGCAGUUAUGGUUGAAAUAUCUGUUUAAGUGUACAGUUCUAGUUGCUAAACUUAGCAUGACCAGGAAUUGCAAUAACAUUUUCCUUUCCUGUGUACUUUAAAUAAUCCUUUGUUCAUAGUCAUCCUCAGUGAAGUGUAGUGGCAUCCUUUGAGUCACAGGUCAGCAUUUGUGCUUAGUGCUUUGAUGUAGAGGAUAUGAACAGCUCUGAAUAAAUGGUAGCAGGAAACCAUAGAAGAAAUGGUCUAUAUUCUUUCAUUCAAACAGGUUUUGAAAAGCCAUGGAUAUUGAGUAAUUAGAGAAUAACUUUCUCUUAUG